AUGGCCUCAAACACCCCAGACCAAGACCGAAACCCCUCCGAUGACGAAGAAGCCCAACUUCUCUCCAGCAGCGACGAAGACUACGAGCAAUUCGAGCUCAGCAACCGAUCUGAUCCGAACACCCCAACACCAACACCAACAGCCCCACGACCCCGUAACCGGCCCAACCCGUCCAUAUGGUCCCGCAUCUGCCCUCCCCGAUCCCUCACCUCCCACCCCCCAACCGUAACCCCCUUCUUCCCCUCCAUCCAAGCCCUACCCGGCAAACUCCUCCUCCCCAAACGACCCUGGCAACGAACCCUCCUUUUCAUCCUCUUCGUACUAUCUUGGGUCAUCGUUCUCGUUCUCAACAUUUCGUUUGCCUUUUCCAGCGAGGCCUUUUCCAGCGCGGGGUCCGCUACCGACACAUCGGGUGGUGGUAUCCGGGAGGUUAGUUGUACCGAGACGCUGUGGCGGCCGGGGAAUGAGUGUGGGCUGGAUGGGGUGGAUUGUCGGCCGUUUGGGAAUGUGUCGGUUGUGGUGAGGUGUCCGGGGGGGUGUGCUGGUGGUGCUGGGGCUGGUGCGAAGGUGGGGGGGAGGAGGUAUGUAGGACGGGUGGAGGUGGAUGAUGGACUGUUAGUUGUGGGUGGUGGUGGUGGUGGCGGUGAUGCUGGGAUUGGGACUGCGGACGGGAAAGGGAAUGGAAAUGGAAUCAGUCCGUACCGAGGCGACUCCUUCCUCUGCGGCGCCGCCAUCCACGCCGGGGUCAUCGACGAUACCACCGGCGGGUGUGCCGUAGCGACGCUGGUCGGGGAGUACUACCACUACUUUUCGUCUGUCCAGCACGGUAUUGAGUCUCUCGCCUUCGACUCCUACUUUCCGCUCUCCUUCACCAUCACCACCGACCCGACCUUAUCAUGCCCGUCCUUGGGAACAGGCUCAGGCUCAACCUUCCCCUCUCUCACUUCGUCCAUCCUCUUCACCACCCUCGUCUUCCUCUUUAUCUCGUCCCCCGCCCUCCGCUUCUUCACCACCUUCCUCGCCAUCUUCACCCACGUCGCUCUCACCUCCUCCCUCCCACCAAACCUCCCACCAAACCUCCACCUCCCAACCCUCCUAUCCACUUACUCCACCCGACUCCUCCCCACCCUCUUCAUAACCCCAAUCCUCUACCACACCUGCAUCCGUCCCACCCUCCCCCCGUCCCACCUCGCUCCCCCCCUCAGCAUCGAAACAACCGCUUUAUACCUCCCCCCCCUCUGGCUCGGCGCCCUCGCCCACCACACCCUGGCCCCUUUAACCCGCCUCGACUUAACAACCACCACCAUACCUACCUUCAUCACCGCCAUUGUGUCAAUAGUAGCGGUUAUCGCCCCGCUGAUGCUGCUAGCCCAUCAACUCUGCACACUCUACCUCACUUCCGCCUCCACCUCCACCUCAGCCUCCAACCGUCCCCCUUACUCCCCCGCCGGGUCAUACGCCUACCCCCUAGCAAUCUACGCCCUGCUAGCCCUCACAGGUCUAAUCCUCCUCGCCGGCAUCCCUGACCUAGGCCUGGACAUACACGUCCACCUGCACAGCUACUUCGUGGCGCUGUUGCUGUUGCCCUGCACGGCUGUGCAGAGCAGGGUGUCGUGGAUUUGUCAGGGGGUGUUGGUGGGGUUGUUUGUUAAUGGCGUUGCGAGGGGGGGGUUGGGGUCUGUGUUAGAGAUCGGGGGGCAGACACCCGGGAAUGAAGUUGGGGUUGUGAAUGGGGUUGGGAUGCCGGCUGUGGUACCGCCUUUGGUGGAGGGUUUGGGGGGGUUGGUUAGCGGGAACGGAGAGGGGGAGAUGAGGAUUCAGUUUAAGUGGAAGGGACUAAAUUCAACUUUACCGGAAGAGGAUCCGGGGAUGGUAACCAGUGAAGGGACGGACGCAAAAGAAACACAAGCGACAAGGGCUAAACCAAAAGGAAUCAGCGUCCUAGUAAACGACGUCGAGCGGUACCGCGGUUGGUUCGCAGAACAACCCCUGGAGGAACAGACAUUUGUGUGGACACGGGAUUUGAACGGCAUAUUAGCGGAUGAGUAUUUUCGAUUUGGGUUUGUGACCGACGGCGGGAAGGCACUGGAGGGGUAUACCGAGGCGGGGACGUGGUUUGUGAAUGGGAGUUGGAGUCAGGGGGUGGGGUAUUGGUAG